UAUGGCGUUAUACGUUCCACAUCAUCAAUACAACGAACGUAUUUUAGCACACCGUUUUCCACCUUACGGUUUUAUAAGUACCGUCAACGCGCGGCAUUCUCCGCAUAUGUGUGUAAGAUGUGGAUACGGACGGUACUUGGGUUGUUGUCGAUAUUGGUGUCGGUACAAUGGUGUGCCGCCCGGAUAGAGCCGCUGACCUACCUCCCGCCGGACCUUCAAGGAUACUUCGAUACAUGCCACAGUACCGGAAACUUUACCACGUAUCCAGGCGAGAUUCCGUUCUGGGCGUCAAUGCAACUUUUUGUCUGCAGAUUUGUUCAGCACAGGCAACUGAGUAGUGAGGAAACAAGAUUCGUGUAUAACACAAUAGGCUCCUCUCUGUCACCCUUGUAUGGCGGUCAACGACGGGUAAAACGACAGGCGUCUACACCACCUAGAAUACGGAAAGAAGUCCGGGCAAUGACAAUACCAGAACGGGUUCAAUAUUUCAACGCUCUGAAUAGGCUUAAACAUGAUAGGAGGCUUCGACCAAAUAUCUACGAUGUUUUGUCAUCUUUCCACGAAGGAGAUCUCAUUGCGUUAGCCCAUUUUGGUCCCGCAUUUCCAGGCUGGCACAGACUCUAUCUCUGGCUAUUCGAAUCGUUUCUCCGGCUCUACAAUCCAAGAGUUACAAUACCGUAUUGGGCUUCACAUUUAGAUAACGAUAUGGACGACUCUAGACAAUCCGUCAUAUUCAGCGAUGCAUUCUUUGGCCCAGGAGUAGGUCCACCAACUUCUGGACCCUUCCGGAGUUGGCAAACUGCUAACCCGAAUACUGUAUUCACGCGCGCCAUUGGCAAUGGUGGGCUCUACACUUACGACGGAAUUCAGAGAAUUCUUAUAAGGACAAGAAAUCGGGAUAUAUUAAUUCCAACAGCGCAGGCAGACAGUAACUUUGAAAUGCAACAUGGUGCAGCACAUGUCUAUGUAGGCGGUUCUAUGAAUAAUUUAAACGAGGCCACACGGGACCCUAUUUUCUUUAGCCAUCAUUGCUUUGUUGAUCAAAUCUGGGAACGUUUUCGAUUUGGACAAAGAGUAGCAGGUGUGCCGACGCAGAGUGACUAUCCAUGGGACCCAAAUGAUCCCAGAUUUAGACCAGGUCAUAAUCCUGAUGGAAUGAUGGGCUUUUUUCCGGCUGGUGAACUUAACAUUGACUUUACACAACGUACAGGUUAUUCUGAUUUAUUCUUCAGUCUAGUGCAGUAUGAACCAGUACCUUCUUGUCCUCGUUGCGGUGACUCGCCAUAUUUAUGGUGUAACCGGAGAUUAAACCCUGCGCGAUGUGUAUCUCGAACAACAGCAGAAAUGAGAACUUCAAAUAGGGAUCUUGUUGACAAUAUGCCUGGUCUUUUACCAACUGGGUCGGGAACUGUUGCUGGACGCAAGAAGAGACAAGUAACCCAACCUACAGAUCAAGUUUGUUCGAAACUACCUUUUAUUGAUGAUUAUGAUGUGAAUACUAUGUCUAAUAACCUUCCCAAUUCAUGGGCAUAUGUUCCUGUAAAAGUGGUAACAAAACGCCCAGUCAACUUCCACGGCUUUCAGAAAUACAGUCUGUAUGGUGUACAAAAUAACAACAACGGGUUGAAGAAUGUAUUCGUAACACCCGGGAACUACGCAGGGUACAGCACAUGCAACAAGCGUAUGAGUGAAGCAGGAAAGGUUAAGAUUGUUGCUUAUGGACUGAAUCAUUACGCCUAUUCGCAGGAGUACGUCAUAACUGAUAAUCGACUUGGAAUCAGUGAAUCGAGUGGAGUUAUUCAAGUUAAAAUGCCAGCUGGUACCACCAUGUCUGAUGUAAUGGUUGCUGCUUUUGACGAAUGCGGUAGAGUUUGUAGACCAUACUGUAAGCAAGGCACGUCUAUGACACAUAACGGUGAUGAAGGUUUUAGUGGCGGCAUCCGAGUAUCUGCUCAAUCGCCCACACAGUACAGUUCCUCAUAUGGUGAUGCCUUGCUCGGUAUGUGGAACAUACCCUCGCAAAAUUCCUGCCCUUCAAUUGAUCUUAGCCAAGUUCCUCUUUCGUUUUUCUGCGACUAUACCGAUGCGUGGUUGUGGGAUUCGGUUAACCAAAGUCCCAGAGGUGUUUCAAGGGGAUCAGUGCCGCAGAAAAUCCAUGUGAGGCAAGGUUCAGGCAGACAAAAGUUAAGACAAAGACCUCCCCAUGGCAUUAGGCCAAAUCUACGCCAUGUUCUUCCACCAUCGGUUCCCGGGCCUCAUACCGUGUAUUCCCGUAGAAGGACAUCGCGCAGUCUCAUCCAAUAGAUUCUACUAGACGUUUAGAAGGGUUCUAUGGUACAUGUGCAGGGGUGUCUCGACGUUGUUUUGUCUCGACCUGUUACAUCAUUAUGAGAGUUAAAUGUUUGUCUGAGCUACAGAAAAGUAGCUCCGUAGUUUUGCUAUUGUUUGUUUUCUGUAAAAAAAAACCUUUUUAUUUAAUAAAACUUUACAAAUGUUAAA